AUGCCGGUGAAAAAGCAAGAAGCACACCGGGCGCUCGAGCUGCUGGAGGACUACCAUUCCCGUCUGUCGACACCGCAGGACCGCGCCCUGCGGAGCGCCAUCGAACGCGUCAUCCGGAUAUUCAAAUCGCGCCUCUUCCAGGCCCUGCUGGAUAUACAAGAGUUUUAUGAGCUGACACUACUGGACGAAUCCAAAACCGUACAGCAGAAGACCGCAGAAACGCUGCUGAUUGCUAGCAAAUGGGAACAGGACAAUGCCAUCAAGGCGAACGAAGCAAACCGCAUCAAGCAGCAGGAACAGGAGCAGCAGCAGUUGCAGCAACAGCAGCAGACACCGCCACAACUUCAGCUCCAGCAGGAGGUGGACAAGCAGCCGGUCAUAGAGCUACCGUCGCCCCGGCUGACGACAACCAAAGUUCCGACAUCGAAUGCGAACGAUACAAAACAGCUUAAUGGCGAUUCGCCGUGGGAGUACGAUGAGAUAACGCUGGUACGUGGCUCGACCGGGUUGGGCUUCUCGAUCGCGGGUGGUACGGACAAUCCGCACAUCAAUCUCGACGCGUCGAUCUACAUCACGAAGGUGAUACCGGGCGGUGCGGCCCACGUCGACGGCCGGCUGCAGGUGAACGAUUGCAUCGUGGCUGUGAAUGAGGUGCGCGUGGUGAACGUAACCCACGGGGAAGCCGUCGAUGCGCUCAAGCAGGCAGGCGACCGUGUGACGCUGCACAUCCGCCGGAAGCGCCCACCCGCGCAGGCACCGAAGCUGGAGGAGAUCGAACUGCUGAAGGGUAGCAAAGGGCUCGGUUUUUCGAUUGCGGGCGGUAUCGGCAACCAGCACAUCCCGGGCGAUAAUGGCAUUUACGUAACGAAGAUCAUGGAGGGCGGUGCGGCCCACAUCGACGGACGGCUUGCCGUCGGUGACAAGCUGAUCGCGGUCCGAACACCGGACGGUGGAGAGCGCAAUCUCGAAAACGUGGUGCACGAGGAGGCAGUUGCAACGCUCAAGGCGAUCACCAACCGGGCCACGCUGAUCGUGCAGAAGACGAACAUACUGCAGGCGCUCGCCAACUCGAUCAGCAACCUUAACUCGCUGUCGACGAACGCGAUGAACAACGUUGGCGUCAGCAUGGUCGAUAAUGCGUCGCCGGAUGCGGGCGGUGGCGGUGGUGAGGCCGGUGGAGGCGACACGGAAAUGGCACCAACGGCACGGUCCCAUUCGCCAGCGUUCGCACUGGAGAAUAGUUCAUCCCGGUACGCAUCGUCAAACGUGCUCGAAACCGGCAUGCCGAUCGGUACACCGCGUGCCGUUAGCAGCGAAGACAUUACACGAGUACCGCGUACGAUCGUAAUUCGGAAAGGAGCGUCCGGGCUUGGGUUCAAUAUUGUCGGUGGUGAGGAUGGACAGGGAAUCUUCGUAUCGUACGUGCUGGCUGGCGGAGCGGCCGAUCUCGGUGGUGAACUAAAACGUGGCGACCAGCUACUAUUCGUCAAUGGCAUCAGUUUGGCGAAUGCAUCGCACGAAGAUGCAGCGCAAGCCCUUAAGAAUGCCGGUGGCACGGUAACGCUGGUUGUGCAGUACCGACCGGAAGAUUACAACCGGUUUGAACAACGCAUCCAGGAGCUGAAGCAGGCGGUGGCAGCCGGUACCGGCACGUUGCUGCGAACUUCCCAGAAGCGUACGCUCUACGUACGUGCACUGUUCGACUACGAUCCGAACCGGGACGAUGGGUUACCGACCCGUGGUCUCCAGUUCCGGCACGGUGACAUACUGCACGUGACGAACGCGUCCGAUGACGAAUGGUGGCAGGCGCGGCGCGUCAUCGGCGAGGACGAGGAGGAAAGCAUUGGUAUCGUGCCGUCGAAACGGCGUUGGGAGCGCAAGCAGCGUGCCCGUGACCGUAGCGUUAAGUUCCAGGGUCACGCCGGUGCGAACAAUAACAACCUGGAAAAGGUAUCUCCAACGGGCGAGGAGGUGUCCACGCUCGAUCGUAAAAAGAAAAACUUCUCCUUCUCCCGCCGGUUCCCGUUCAUGAAGAGCAAAGACGAUAAGAACGAGGACGGAUCGGAUCAGGAGCCCAAUGGUAACCUGAGCGAUCCAAAUAGUCACGAUCCGGAGCAGCCUUUUAUGCUUUGCUACACACAAGAAGACGCGAAUGCCGAAGGUGGUGGUGAAAUAAUCUACCGCGUGGAAUUACCUGAUAUGGAGCAGAUAACUCUUAUCUACCUGGAGAAUAACUAUGCCGACUCGGAGGAAACCAUCUUGUCGUACGAACCAGUACAGCGUCUGCAAAUAACCUACACGCGUCCUGUCAUUAUUCUGGGCCCGCUGAAGGACCGCAUCAAUGACGACCUGAUCUCGGAGUACCCGAACAAAUUCGGCUCGUGUGUACCACAUACCACACGCCCCAAACGUGACUAUGAGGUGGACGGACGGGACUACCAUUUUAUAGCGUCACGCGAACAGAUGGAAAAGGACAUACAGAAUCAUCUGUUUAUCGAGGCGGGUCAGUAUAAUGACAAUCUGUACGGCACGUCCGUUGCGUCAGUGCGCGAGGUCGCCGAAAAGGGCAAACACUGCAUACUGGACGUGUCCGGUAACGCUAUCAAGCGGCUGCAGGUUGCGCAACUAUACCCGAUCGCCAUCUUCAUCAAGCCGAUGUCGGUAGAAUCGAUCAUGGAAAUGAACAGACGCAUGACAGAGGAGCAAGCAAAGAAAACCUACGAACGAACGCUAAAGAUGGAGCACGAGUUUGGCGAAUACUUUACCGCCAUUGUGCAAGGCGACACGAUCGAGGAGAUCUAUAGUAAGGUGAAGAAUGUCAUCUGGUCUCAGGGCGGACCGACGAUCUGGGUACCGUCGAAGGAAUCUCUAUGACCACAGGCAAGCAUCACCUGGACGCUGCCACCAAAUAUGCGCGCACGGUCCGUAUCCCGUACCUCCGGCCACCAUUGACGGG